GAGCUCUACCUGUGGAGAAGGAGAACAAGAUUCCUUCCUAGUUAUGUAUGUUAGGUCAAUGCUCUGGAUAUGAAAUAUUGCACAGACUUUCUUUUUACUCCCAUUUUUCUAUUCCUAGCACAACAAAGCCUGUCAUAAUUCCUAGAUAAAACUGAUGCAGAACACUUCAGAACUGACUGAAUUUAUUCUUGUUGGGUUAACAGAUGACCCAUUUCUGCAAGUUCCUUUAUUUAUCAUCUUCACUCUCAUUUAUUUGACCACAUUGGUUGGGAAUCUUGGGAUGAUUUUGUUGAUUCUCCUGGACACUCGGCUCCACACUCCCAUGUACUUUUUUCUCAGUAAUCUCUCACUGGUGGACUGUGUUUACUCCUCAGCUGUCACUCCCAAAGUAAUAGAAGGGUUUCUCACAGAAGAUACUAUCAUAUCCUACAAUGCAUGUGCUGCCCAGAUGUUCUUCUUUGCAGCCUUUGCUACUAUUGAGAGUUUUAUCCUAGCCUCAAUGGCCUAUGACCGUCAUGCAGCAGUGUGCAAACCCUUGCAUUAUUCCACCACCAUGACAACUAUGAUAUGUGCCCUGCUUCUUGCUGGGUCUUAUGUCAGUGGACUCUUACAAUCUUCCAUCCAUGUUGCCUUCAUGUUCCAUCUCUCCUUCUGUAAUUCCAACAUGAUAAAUCACUUUUUCUGUGAUAUUCCCCCACUAUUAGCUCUUUCUUGCUCUAGUAUUUACACAAAUGAAAUUGUACUCUUUAUGUUGGCAGCAUUCAAUGUUGCUUUUACCCUAUUGGUUAUCUUGACCUCUUACUUACUCAUUUUUGUUACAAUUCUGAGAAUGCGCUCUGCCGAGAGCCGAAAGAAGGCUAUUUCUACAUGUGCAUCCCAUCUUACCACUGUUUCCAUCUUCUAUGGAACAAUUAUUUUCAUGUACUUACAGCCCAGCUCCAGUCACUCAAUGGACACUGACAAAAUGGCAUCUGUGUUCUACACCAUGGUCAUACCCAUGCUGAACCCUCUUGUAUAUAGCCUGAGAAAUAAAGAAGUCAAGAAUGCAUUCAAGAAAGUUACUGGAAAAGCAUUAUCUUCCCUGGGAUUAGUCAAUUAA